CAUCAUUAUUAAACGUGUUGAGACGUAUUCGAUCAAACCCACCUGGGACGUCGCCAUUGUUGGCACUAGUCGAAGUCUAGCCCAAAACGUGCAAGGAAAAUGCAGGUUGCAGCGCAACACGGAUCAGGACUCAGGCUUCAUCGCGCCACAGGGCCGAGGAGGACGCCGCUUAUGCACACGAUCGCAGUGUACACAUCAGGCGUACCCGAAUCGCAGCCCCGCAAGGCUGAGGGGCGGUCUUGGAUCAAUGCACGGCACGCUUCCUCUCCCCUCCCCCUCUCCUCCGUCUCCCCGCCUGCCCGGCGGCCCCUGGCAGCGCCCCCCUGCGCCUCCUCCGCCUCCUCCUCCUCCCCGCAGGAGGGGGGUGUGGGGCAGGAGGUGGGCGAGUAUGUGAAGCUGGUGGUGGGGCUAGGCACGCUGUACGCCCUGGACAUGGCCAUCAAGAAGGUCUUCACCGCGGCACACAUCACCUUCCCCAGCGCCCUGGGCGGCAUGUUCGGUAUCGUGGCGGUGCUGAUGGCGGUGGGCGAGUCCUCCGCCUCGCGCGUGCUGUCCUUCUACACGCCCGCACUCAACUGGAUUGCCAAGUGGCUGCCGCUGUUCUACGUGGCGUCGCUGGUGACACUGCCGCUGGCGCUCAAGGGGAUUGCGGGUUCCGAGCUGCUCAAGAUCCUGCUCAUCCUGUCAGCCGGCAUGGCGGGCACCCUGCUGUUCACCGCGCAGAUCACCGUCUUCAUUCGCGCCGUGGUGCGCACCGAGAACAAGGAGAUCACCAAGGCCAAGCCCGCCUCGCCCUUCCUGCCCUCGCACUUUGUCGCCUGGGGGGCGGUGGGCGCCGCCGCCCUGGCCGCCACCGCUGUGGGGGGGCCGGGGUCGGAGCUGGGGGCUCGCAUGGCGCUGCCGUUUGGGCUGGCGGCCACUGUGGGGGGGUACCUGCUGGGGAAUGCGGUGCCCAAGACGCUUCAGGGUCUGCUGCACCCCGUGGUGGUGACUGCCCUGGUUGCCAACGCCGGUGCCGCCCUGCACGGCAGCGUGUUCGGCGUGUCGUACGACACUGCCCUCAAGCUGUACCACACCAAGGGGACGGGGCUGAUGGGCGCGGGGGACUUCCUGAUGGCCUUCCUGGGCUGUGUGAUCGUGAGCUUUGGAUUCAGGAUCUACCAGCAGCGUGAGACCCUGCGCCGCCACGCCCCCGAGAUCCUGGGUGCCACUCUGCUCUCCUCGCUCUUCUCCUUCUUCUCAACCGCCUUCGCCGCCAAGGCACUGGUGCUCAGCACAGACCUGGCCCGCGCCCUCAUCCCCCGCUCCGUUACCGUCGCCCUGGCACUGCCCAUCGCGGGACAGCUGGACGCGCCGUUGCCCAUCACCGCUGCGGCAGUGCUGCUGCAGGGUCUGCUGGGUGCCAACUUUGGCCCCAACCUGCUCACGCUGGCGGGCUUCAAGGACACCAUUGCGCGCGGGCUGGCAGCGGCGGCCACCGCGGGGGGGCUGGGGACCGCCUCGCUCACCUCCAAGGAGCCCGAGGCGCUGCCCUUCUGCGCGCUGAGCUACUCGCUGGUGGGCAUCCUGUCCACGGUGCUGGUCGCCAUGCCUCCGGUACGACAGGCGCUGCUGGGGAUUGUUGGGUGAGAAGUACAGGCGCUGCUGGAGAUUGUGGGGCUAAAAAUAGUUGAAAAGCGAAGCAACGGAGAAGCUGGUGGGGGUUGGGGCGGUGCUGUGUGGCUCUAGGGUUUGCCGGAGUGUCGUACGGUGAGGUGGUACUCUAGCAGCAGGAGGUUGACACGGACUGGUAAUGUGGGUGGAGUUUGGUGAAUGGGGCGGUGUAGGGCGAAUGGUGAGUUGAAUUGCUGUGGGGUUUGAAUGAAUUGAGUGCUGGUUGCGUGAAGUAGGUAUGGCUCGUAGCGGGGUGAGAGAAGCAGGGCGGGUGAGGAGGGGUGUGAGUAAGGGAGAGGGGUGUGUCGAGGCAUGCAAGAAGGAAGGGUGAUACGCCAGGGGCCCCCGGUGUGUGUGAUGAACAUGAAAAGGGCGAAGCGUAGCAGGCAGCAGGCAGCAGCAGGCGGCUGUAGGGGUGUGAACAUUACCCGGCUUACUCUUCUGAUUACUCUUCUCCUGAUUGCUCAUGCUCGAUGCACCCAUGAUUCGACAGCCGUUGACCCCACAUGGCACAAAACAAGUGAAGACGCAGCUGCUGGGGGCACAGGAACGUCCUGUGCGGGGGACCCUGGCUGUGCCGGGGAAUAACGAGCGGGGGUAGCCGCGGGGAAUCAGGGAUGCGGAGAUGUGGGGGCACAUGGGGAGAGAGGCGGAGGUGAGGAGGAGAGCGCUGUGAAUCACGCGUGCGAUGGUAAUGUGUUGGCUCGUCUCAAUCGUCGUUAUAAUAGGAGUGGAAGGGUGAUAGGGCAUGAAGUGAAGACAGGAUGGAGGAGUUAGGGAUGGCUGCCAGGAAGGGCAUGGGAAGCGGAGGCCGAGGCGGGGUGAUGUGGGGAUUGCACAUGCAGUGCGGCUCAGAGCCAUGCGGCGGGAGCGCUGUGUGGUUGUUAGGCCUUAAUCAGGCCAACUGUGAUGUUCUCGCAACCAGCGUUUGGGCUAUUUGGGCUGUUUGGAACAGGUGGAGCCCCUAAGGCUGCGGCUGCGGCUGCUGCUUCAGACCGGCUGCGGCUGCUGCUGCUUCAGACAGACCGAUUGUGUCGUUCCGCUCUCCCCUGGGUGCGGGUGCAUUGGGUGGCUGCCUGGUUCGUCGCGCACCCCACCAGCCGCGGAAGAAGGGACAAACAACAAAAAGAAGAGAAGACUAAUCCUGGGAGAGGUUUAAAGGAGAGAGAGGAGAAUCAGGAGGAGGAGAAUUGAGGCGGUUUGUGCC